AGCACAAGAGAAAGAGAGAGAGAAAGAGGGAAACCAGUGAAUCUGAACCAUGCAGAUGAAAUCUCCAUCGUCUUCAACCUCCACGAAACUCAAAACCCUAAUCCACAACCUCAUCACUCACCCCGUUUACAGAUUCAUUCGAGCUCUAAACAAAGCCAAAUCCAUUCUCCUCGAAGCUUCCAAACACAACAGCAGCAGCAAAAAUAGGGUGCUCAUGAUGUUUUAUCCCAGAAAAACCUCCAAGAAACAGAGCAAGAUCCUCUUCGGCUCUUUCAGACUACACUACAACUGGUGUUCCUCCCACGUUGUUCCUGUCCCUGUCCCUCCUCCUGUCCCUUACCCACUUCAUCACAACUCUUUGUUCGAUCCAGAAUUCCCGUGCGAUGAUCUGGUCGUGAACGGUGAUAACGAGGAUCGUGAGUCUCAGCUGUCUGGUUAUCUGGAAUGGCUCGAAGAGAAGGUCGGUGACGAUUGCAUCAAUGGCGAUAGCAAUAACAAUGGGGAAGAGAAAGAGAGAGAGAUCGGCGACGAUAUCGAUCGUUUAGCUGAUAAGUUCAUCGCGAGCUGUCAUGAGAAGUUCUUGUUGGAGAAGGUUGAGUCUUACAGGAGAUUCCAAGAAAUGUUGGCCAGGAGUUUGUAAGAGUUUUCCUUUUUGUGUCUAAAUCUGGUCUGAUUUUGUAAUAAGAUGGGGUAGUAAGAGCGUUUGAAAAGUUAGGGGGUUUUGUUGCAAGAAGAUGAAACAUGCGGGGAUAAAGCGUAAGUUUUAUGUGGAGGGUUUUGUAAAAAAAAAAUUAAAAGAUUUUGUUUUCUAUUAAUAAUGGGCAGAUGUAAG